GAAGUACGUGGAGCCGUUCUCCAUUCAUGUCAUUACGAAUUAACCCCAUUAAUUCUGCUGUAGUAUCCCAGGAGAAUUAUUUGCGUGUUAUUUAAAAUUAAUUCUCAUGUCAGCAGAAAGCUCAACCAUCACAGUUCGCCUUGUUCGCUCCUUUCAGCACCGGAAUUUCAGGCCUGUGGUUUAUCAUGGAGUUAACUUGGAUCAGACAGUGAAGCAGUUCAUUGCUUUUGUGCAGAAGGAUGUGCCUUCAAGAACAGGUCUUCCUCCUCCUUUUAAAGCUUACAAAUACGAUACAAUGAAGAUUAUUCACCAAGCUCACAAAUCUAAGACUGGUGAUCUAGUAGUGAGUUUGGAAGAUGAUGACAAACUGAUUUUGAAAGAAGACAGCACACUGAAAGCAGCUGGAGUAGCAAAUGAGACCGAAUUAGCAUUCUUCUGUGAGGAAGAUUACAGAAACUACAAAGCUAAUCCUGUUUCGGCCUGGUGAAGAUCCCAAGAGAUUGUUUUGUUUUCCCAUACUUGUUGUAAAUCUUCCUUGCCCUGCUUAAUGACUUUUUCUUUAAAAGAUCAAUAAAUCCUUGAGGAUUGCUUUGCAAACAGUGCAAUUCCCUUCCUAUAGAAAUUAAUUUCUGCCAAUAUGCUGAGACUUAGAGAGGGAAGGCUGGGGGACGUGCAUGGGUUUUUUGCCUCCUUCCUCUCACAUUUCUUUUCCCUUUGCUUUUCUUUCACAAUGGAGGCAGUGCAAAUGCUCUGACCUGUGGCACACAUUCCCAGUACGAUCCUGCAGUAUUAUGUCAGCUUCAUAUUGAGAAUAUACACCACACAGUAAAAACCCCUCUCAGUAGUAACUCGUAAUGAAAACUGAAUGUUUUUGUGUCUGUUUCAGAGAGCUUGACAAGAGAAACUCUGUAUUUUAAGUAACAGAUUUACUCCACUCACUUUGUUUAGGUUCUUUUGUUUGAAUGGUGCAGACUGGCAAGUGUUUCAGGCUCUCUGCUGGUGAAAGCUUUUCUUUAUACUUCCUUCCAGCCCUCCUUAGCAUGCUGAAACAGAAAAUAACUGUUUAGAGGCUUUUGUAUUCCAGGACAAGCUUGCUUGUUACUACACUGCUUUAUGAGAAUACCUUCUCAUCCAAGGUAGAAACCAGAGUUACGCCAGGGCUUCACUGUGCAGAAAUAGGAGUUGGGCAUUGUUACAAGUAGUCUCAAGGAUCAAGGUUUCAGUUUUAAGAAUAAAACCCAAGUGAUUGCAUUUUUUGCAAGGAGAGGCCCAGUCUGACAACAGAUGGGAUUGAUUCUUUCCUGCUUUCCAAGCACCAAAUGCUCUGUUGCUAUCUGGUAGUUCUUGGUAAUUCCAGACUUUCCUGGAAUUAACCAAAUUAAGAACAACAAAUUAAGAACAAGAAGAAAGAAGCAAUCAUUUAUCUAGUUUAGAAAGACAGUUAUAAAACUGCUUUCUAGGGGCUUGCCAAGUUGGGACUGUGUCUUUAAGCCUUUCUUCACUGAAAUAGAAAUGAUUCUGGCUCUCUGCCUUUGUUCUGCUAAAUCAAAUGAGAUCUUGUGCAAUUGCUUUAGGCCCAUACGUCUACCCUCAGUUCUGGGUCAGAGCUGACAGCACCAUUUCCACUAGAGACUCUCCAAAGAGGUAAACUUACAGUUUCCUAGAACAUUGAUUGUUAAUUUUUUAUUGGCAUGAUAGUGAAAACAGAUGUAUGAUUUCCAAAGCUUCUAAAUAAAAGUUCUUUUUGCCUUAGAUGUAGGGCUAAUGCAUUGUUCCCACCUCAUUUUCUCUAUCCUUCCUGACAACUCUGUGGCUUAAACUGGAGACCUUUCAGGUAGCUACUAUUAGUUACAUUAAAGCAAUGGAAAGUGCAACAAGACAGCAGAGCAACAGGAUCCCAGAUCGCAGCAAGUAACAGUGCACUCAGACACGACAGCAGGGGGAACAGAAAAUAAAAGAAGCUGCUUACCUUCAGAAGGCCUGUAAGGUCCUCAAGCAGGCAGGGAUCUUCAGACAAAAUGUCCUUAUCCUUCCCCCUGCCAACCUUUAAAUGAUGUCUGGGAAGGGAUGGAGCCAGGACCCACCCCUUCCACUCACUCAGGUACAUUGCAUGCAUCUGAGUUCCCCUGGGUUGGCCCUGCCUUCCCACCAGGUGCUCAAUCACUGGUUCAGGCUGUGACUUAGCAUUUCCACUAACCAACAGUGUUGCUUCAAACAGUGUUAUUCUUCUGUGAAAGAGGUCUGCUAUUAAAAAGGAGAUAGUGUAUUUAUCUUGUAAGCACACCUAUGUUACUGUGUUCUCUUGACAUCUAAAUGCUGAUGUGCAUGCUCUGAUGAAUUUACGGAAAAAGUUUAACACAUCCAUCAUCUUUCAGUCCAAGCCUCUUUCUUUUGCUGGUCCCUGCUCCCCUAAUGAGGUUUGAUCUGACAGAUUUACAGUAUUGACUGUAGCUGUGUGGGAAGUAGAUGGCAUACCAGAGAAAGCAGUGUCGUGGACUGUUGUACCACGGCAUCUCGAUGAUAGCUUUCAGCAUGUCCAGGCUCACUGAGUGAAUAUUGCCACUCUUUGCUUCUGUUGUGGGAAUUCUAAUUUGGUCUCCAACCCUCUCAAACAGAUUUGGAUUGGUUUUGUGAUCCCUUCUCUUUAAAGAACUGAUGUUUGAAAGAAAUGUCAAUGUCCUUUCUGUAGUUACAGCUUGUACAGUACAGGAGUUCAGUGUGUCACUGAGCAUGUUGCAGUGAAGGAGCAAUUCUACAACAUCAGCAAGAAAACUGUAAAUGUCUUAAUGCAAACGAAGAAUUGUGUCUGUUGCUCUAGAUGAGUUUCUCUUUCCAAAGGAAGAGUUAAAGCAGUGCUCACUGAGCUCUGUUCUCCCUGGCAGUGGCACUUCACUGGCUCCUUUCUGCAGCAGCACAGUAGAGCCUUUUGUAAUGUUGUCCAUGACCAUACUUGUAAUCUGGAUUCUUCCUGAAGUGAGUUUCUAUUUUUUUUAAUAAUACUUUUUACAAAACAAACAAACAAACAAAACCAAAAUACCCUCAAGCCACCACGAAACCAUAGAUAAUAACAGAGAACUUUUAAAGAUAGAUUCUGUUCCAACACUUUGAUUGGGAUAUGGUGUAGCAAUGCGUGUUUCAAAAUUGGUUUGAUUCCAAGAUUGUUGUACACUGAAUGAAAUCUGGGAACAUGGGCUAAUAAAUUACUGAAGUCUGA